GAUCUAGAUCUAUCUAUAGAUCUAGAUCUAUAUAUAUCUAGAUCUAUAUACACACAAAAAUUGGCCGCGCAGGCCAGAUCCACCGCUUCUGUCCCUUUCACAAUAAAAGCCCACAUAAUAUUUGAGGGAGAGCAUCUUGCAAUUUUGUGCUGUUUGUUACAGUGUGUAAAGACCUUUAAUCAUAACUUUUAAAUAUAGGCUUAUAUGUUUUCAACAUUUCACCAUUUCUUUGUCCUUCCUUUCAGAGCUUCUACAGAUUUGUGUCCAUAAGGAGGAAGAGGAGGUUCUGCUUAUUCAGCAGCAGCCCUUGCAACAGGAUGCGAGUACAAGUUUGGUUCCAUCAGAUCCUCCACCGAUUAAAGAGGAACAUGAGGAAAUGUGCAUUAGUCAGGAACGACAGAAGCUUGCACAGCAACGGCAGACUGAAGCCUCUAAAUUGACUUCAACUUGUGAGGGAGGUGUCCAAUCUCAGCCUUUGGACCCUGACCAAACUGAAAGCGCAGCAAAUAACGAUCACCAAUCCAGCACCUCAAACAGAGACAUAUUAUCUGAAUCUGACAAGCAGAGUUCUGCAGCAUCAGCACCAAGCACUGACCACCAGCUCCUCUCUCCCAGCUCUCGUGUGAGAGUUGAGAGCCAAGAUCCAAUAACUAGUAGCCACGACAAUGCAACGCCAACUAGACAUAUUGAGUCAACGCCAAAUAAUAAAAGUAACGACGAGAACACAACAUCAGCUUCAAGUACCGAGGAAACUUCUGAUAAGAAAAGCACCGACGAGAACACAACACCGGCUACAAGCACCGAGGAAACAUCAAAUAAGAAAAGCACCGACGAGAACACAACACCGGCUACAAGCACCGAGGAAACAUCAAAUAAGAUAUGUGGUAAUGAGAACAUGGCAUCAACUAGAAGUACCGAGCUAACACCAAAUAACAAACAUAACAAUGACAACCCAGCAUCAAGUGGAAAUAGUGAGCAAACACUGACUAAGAAACAUGAUGAGAACACAACGUCAAUCAGAAGUUUUGAAACAACACCACACAAGACUGGUGAUGGUAAUGCAAAAUCAAAUGGGGAUGGGCCCACUGAGCAGACAUCAAAUAUGAAAAUUGAUAAUGUAAAAACAUUAGUAACUAGUACUGAGCCAACACCACAUAGGCAAGAUAAUUAUGAGAGCUCAACCUCAAAUGGGACCGCAACAGGAAAUGGUAAACUAACACCAAAUAAGAAAAGGGAAGAUGGAAUGCCAACCUCAACUGGACGUUUUGAGCCAACACCUAAUAAGAAAUCUAACAAUGAAAAGAUAUCAACUACUAAAACAACACCACAUAAAAAAUGCAAUGACAAAGACGUAACAUCGAAUACAGAUGCUGAGACAACACCAAAUAAGAAUCGUAGCAACAGGAAAAAAACAUCAACCAGAAGUACUGAGCUAAUGCCUGGUAAGAAACAUAAUGGUGAGAAGACAACAUCAACUAAAAGUACAGAACCGACACCAAAAAGGAAAUGUAACGUUAAGACAUCAGCUAGAGGCACCAAGCAGACACCAAACGAAAAAUGUAAUGAUGAUGACCCAAUAUCAAAAGGAAAUAGUGAGCCAACACCAAAUACGAAAAGCCAAGAUGUGAGACCAAACUCGACUGGAAGUGUUGAGCCAACACAAAGUAAGAAACGUAGCGAUGGGAAUAAAACGUCAACCAGAAGAACCGAGCUAACACCUACUAAGAAAGGCAACAAUAAGACAACAUCAACCAGUGGCACCAAGCCGACACCAAAGGAGAAAUGCAAUGAUGUUGCACCAAUAUCAAGUGGAAAUAGUGAGCCAACACCAAGUCAGAAAUGUAACAAUGAGAAGACAACAUCAGCUGAAAGAACUGAUCCAACAGCAAAUGGUAAACCCAAUGAUGGGACAAUAACACCAACUGCAAGUACUGAACAAGCACCAAACGAGAAACCCAAUGGUGGGAAUACAACUUCUACUGGAAGUAUUGAGCCAACAGCAAAUAUGAAUUGUAACAGUGAGAACACAAGUAUUAAACCGACAACAAAAAAGAAACCCAACGAUGGGAAAGUAACGUCAACUACAAGUACAAAGGAAACACCAAAUAAGAAACCCAAGGAUGGGAAAGUAGCAUCAAGUACAAAGGCAACACCAAAUAAGAGGCAAAACGAUGCGAGCAUAACAUCAAAUGGAAGUACUGACCCAACCCCAAAUAAGAGACGCAGGUACGAGAGGACAACAUCAACCAUUGCAGCUACAACAUCAACCAGAAGUACAAGACAAACACAAAGUGAGAAACAUAAAAGUAAGAGCACAACAUCAAACGUCAGUACUGACCCAACACCAAAUCAGAAAGACGGGAGAACAUCAGGCGGUAGCAUCAAGGAUGAUGACAACCCUUACAAGUGUGACAGGUGCGGCAAGGUGAUGACGAAUUUCAAAAACUACAAAUUUCACAUGAAAUCCCACACUGUGGAAAAGGCUUUCAAAUGCGACACUUGUGGGAAAAUGUUCAGGGAGAGUUGGGACUUGAAUAAACACUUAGUGGUUCACUCCGCCGAGAAGCCUUUCAAAUGCAAUGUGUGUGGGAAAGAGUUCAACCGGCAGUUCAACCACGACCUGCACCUUCGGGUGCACACGGGGGAAAAGCCGUUCAAGUGCGACAUCUGCGAUAAAAGCUUCACCUCGAGUGCAAACAUGAAGAAGCACACGAGAAUUCACACGGGGGAGAAGCCCUACACCUGCGGCGACUGCGGAAAGGAGUUUGCGGAUUCCUCGGCCUUCAAAAAUCACCGGCGAGUGCAUUUGGGGGAGAAGCCCUUCAAGUGCACCUCUUGCAAGAAAAGAUUUGCCGCCCUGACCACCUUGAGAAGGCACAGUAGGACGCACACGGGGGAAAAGCCGUACGUUUGCGACGUGUGUGACAAGGUGUUCGGUCACAGAUCCAACUUGAAAGGCCACAUGAGGAUGCACACUGGGGAGAAGCCCUACAAAUGCAGUACUUGUGGGGAACAGUUCUCCACCUGGUCAAAACUCAACAAGCACAAGAGUGUGCACACAAGUGACGAGGAAAGUUCCUCUGCUUAAAAACCCAGCAGGAUUGGAUACGCCGUACUUCUGAUGAAAGUAAAUGAAUUACUACUGGCCCUUUGAGUAAAUUCCUUUUACCGAAUUAGCAUUGCACUCGUCGGACUCACGGUUGACAGUUAAAAAACAAAUCGAUGCAGCAGAACCAGAGAUUUAAUCUUUUUUUAUUCCAUGUAUUCUUCCUUGUCAAAUUCUGAGCCUACAUUACCCACCAUUCAACACCGCCAAAUGUUUUUGGUGUGCUAGUAGCAGCUAAUAACGUAGCCUCAAUCUGUUAGCCUCAGACAGAGAUGAGGAACAGGCUACAGAUGUUAUUCAUAUGCUGUCUAGAUCAGUAGAGUUCCCCUUUGAAUUGUCUUUGUUUGUUCCUUCGUGCAACUGACAGUUGAGGUUGGAGACGGUAUGUUUUUGGGUUCGUCCGUCUGUCCGGUCCAUUUCACAUGAAUAUGUAAUUGGAUAAAAUUAUGUGUUGACAUUUUUUCGACAGACAUGGAUGUAAACUGCAACUAGACUGGUUGGCGGAGGCAUACAACCACGAGGAGCUAAUUCUAGUUAUAAAUGUUAUGGUCUUCAAUGUAAAUAAAAUCAUCUUUUUCCUUUUUGAGUUUGGGGCUCAGUGGGUGGAGUGGGUCAUCUUUUAACCACAAGGUUGGCGGUUGGAUCCUUGGCUCCUCAUGUCUCCAUGUUGGAAGCGUCCUUGAGCGACACUCUGAACCCAAAGCUGCUCCCUGGGCGCUUCACAGCAGCGCGCUGCUCCCAAAUACUUAAAAAAUAAAGUUUUUUUUAAAUGAACUCAAAAUGAAUACUGUAUGUCACCAUGGUAACUUUAGAAGGCUUCAGUUGAAUUGAAAUUUGUCUGGUAUUGAUAGUAGUCACUGUUUUACAGAGAAGUCGUGAAUCAUCUGUAAAUAUUUUUGAACACGGGUUUGGGUUUUAGUGACAUCAGAAAAGAAACAUUGCGUCUUUGUCUAAAUGCCUUAAUGCCUUGACUCGUAUGUAAUGUGUUUUUAAAAGUAAAGUAUUUCUCAUCUACAUUACUGCACAAUGGAUCUGUAAAACCCACUAAGUUAAUGUAUUUUUGGUGUUUUUUAAAUGUUCAAAUUUUAAUAAAAGUAAUUAACUUUAUUCUUCCUUAAAUGGUUGUACUGUUGAUAUUUGAAAAAUGUUGUUCCGGACAGACUGUCACGGUUGGGUUUUGCUAUGUGUGAGUGUGGUGUUUGUGUGUGUGUGUCUCUCUCCUGAUCAUGCUCAUUCUCUUCACCUGUGCCAAAUCACCUGCCCCUGGUUUUUUCCUCUGCAAACCCCACUCAUUUCCACUCACCUGCCAGCAAUCCGCUCAUCACCCCUCACAGACUUAUACUCCCCUGCUUGCCCUGUUCCAGUUGCCGGAUUAUCAUUUGUUCCUUUUCCCUUCCCGUGGACUCUUCGCUCUCCUGUGGUUAUUCCCUCGUGUUGACCCUCUGCGCCCCACGGUUUGUGUCUGUGCUUUUGGUGACCAAGCCCUUUUGUGACUUUGCCUUUUAUUUUCAGUUUGGAUUUUUCUCACUCCCUAUUGGAGUUGUUUUUGGAUUCUAUUUUUGUUUGCUUGAUGCCCAGUAAAGAGCCUUGCAAUUCACCUCACCUUGUGUCCUGUGUCUAAGUCUGCGCCUGAGUCUCUGAUCCACUCCUAAUUCCACACGGUAAACCGUGAACUGUCACACAGACAUUCAGAACGGGGUCCUGUAGAGCGCUGCAGGAAUGAGUCCUAAAACCAGGAAAUGAGUCUGCACGGUUGCACAGUUUCUCUUGUCUCGUCAAUGGGUUGUUGGUUAGAUGCCUGAAAUAAGAUCUGUGGCUAAAACAAGCUUAGAAUCCGUCGGUAAAAAGGAACUCGUGAAUUUUGAAGCUUACAUGGAAAAAUGGAAAAAAUCCCCAUUGGGUUCUUUGUUGAGGAAACCAGUGAGAUACCUACAAAAAUACAUCAUCCCUGCAGCCCUAUACCCACACUAUGCACUUUCUUUAAGUCUCCCUGUUAAUUGGUUUGGGAUGGCACCUUAUGUGGCGGACCAUACACGCAGGACGUGUGGACAUAAGCAUACGUAUUGAUCUUAUGCAUCUCCCUGCAGAAUCACCUGAUGAUCACAUGUGUCACUUCCUCCUCCGAACACUAGAUGGUAGGCAUGACUCACUCAGAAGUGAAAAGACUACCGUAUUUUCCGCACUAUAAGGCGCACUGGAUUAUAAGGCGCACCUUCAAUGAAUGGCCUAUUUUAGAACUGUUUUUAUAUAUAGGGCGCACCGGAUUAUAAGGCGCAUAGAAUAGAAGCUACUACUGUUCAACAACCCACUGUUCGAGUUUGUCUAACUGUGGCCAUCUCGCUUUGUUCCCUCGGAAACUCUUUUUAGUCUUCUUUACUUGGCACAGGUCAUCUUCUUGCUUCCUCCACUUCCGUACCAUUGAUUCAUUAAUGUUGAAUUCUCUCGCUGCUGCUCUAUUCCCAUGUUCGGCUGCGUAGCUGACAGCCUUGAGU